GAAAACCACACAUUCCCGGUAUGGUAUCCAUAUGGAUCUUUGCCCCACCUUCGCCAUCAAGCUGUCACAAACAGGAGGAGCUAUGACCAAAUGACGUGUAUAUUGCCCCUCGCUCCUUCACUAGAGGCUUGUGAUGGGCAAGGGGUUGGAAUCAGGUGUUGAAGAACGAGAAGCCGCGUGUUAACGAGGCCUCCAAAACCCGGCAGCUUCUAGUCUCGAUUCUUCAACAAUUUCAUAUUUUAGGAUCUUCAACUUCUACAUCCUUCUGAACUAGAACUUCUCAACGCUGAGUUAACUUCUUUACUCAAUCACCCAUCUGCACGCCGAGAUACAAUACAUUAUCUGCAUUCGCAUCCAGCAUUAGACUACCCCUCAGUUACUUACCUACUAGGUACCUACACCAGCAUCAUGGCCGCCAACCUUACCGUUCUGGUGAAGAACAUCAACGCUGAGACGGAUGACAAGGAAGUCAAAGACUUCUUCAGUUUCUGCGGUAAGAUUACUGAAAUCAAGAUCACGCCGGGCGAGGGCAACACCAAGGAUGCUAGCGUCACAUUCGAGAAGGAGACUGCUGCUAAGACCGCGCAGCUCCUGAAUAACACGCAGCUCAAGGGCUCGCAAAUCUCGGUAACCCCCGCUGAUGGCAAAUCUGAUGACGGCGCUCCUCAUACCACUAAUACCGACCGCGACACCGACGAGAUCACCCAAGAAGAGAAGCCCAGAAGCCGUAUCCUAGCAGAGUACCUUGCUCACGGAUAUGUUGUUGGCGAUGCUGCACUCCAGCGCGCGAUUGAACUUGACACCAAGCACGGCGUCACUAACCGCUUCAUGAAUACCUUGAUGAACCUUGACCAGAAAUACCACGCCACCGAACGUGCUAAGGCGACCGACCAGUCGUACGGCAUCACUAACCGAGCUAACAGCCUCUUCAGCGGCCUCAGCUCGUACUUCGAGAAGGCAACGAGCUCUCCUACAGGCAAGAAGUUGGUUAAAUUCUACACUGAUGGCCAGCGCCAAGUCCAAGACAUCCAUGCCGAAGCGCGUCGUCUAGCCGACCUCAAGAAAGAGGAGCACGGUGGCAGCGCAUACAAAGCUUCGGGACUUGAGAGAGUCUUUGGCAAAGAGAAGGAACAUGCUGCUCAAUCAACUACUACUGGCGGCGCUACCUCUUCGGUUCCCGCACCUGGCCCUCAAGCUGGUACAACGGAAUCUGCCCCGCUAGCCUCUACCGAAGCUAUUCCCGCUAAAGCGCCCGAAACUGAGAAAUCGUGAGGAAUGAAAGGAAUAUUAGUGCUGUUACGACUUCAUGACUCGGGACAGGUUUUUCUAUAGCUUUAUAUUAUUAGGCUAAUGCAAUUCGAUUGUGCCUUUGAUGA